AUGGGUAUCAAAGUUUUUGACCUUUUUGCGAGCCUUGUCGCGACAACUAGUCCACUGAUUUCAGAUACCGCGUUUCUCAAUUCCUACAAUUCACGUGGAAAUAAACUUCCUAAAAGUUCGGAUGUGGUUGUUGUUGGGGGUGGAAUACACGCGUUGAUAUAUGCUAUUCAUGCGAAAAGUUUGGAGCUGCAGGGAAAUGGAAAAGGAAGUACUACAAGCAUGACUAUUCUCGAGAAAUCACCCAGUCCAACCUACAAGAUCGGAGAAUCAACAUUAACCGUGUUUGGACUCUGGCUCAAGACGGUUGGCAUUGAUUCCCCAAUGCUUUCGCGUCUUUUUGGACCAAAGGAUGGCUUAGCAUUCUUCUACUUUUCCCCCGAAGACAACCCAGAAAAUUACACGCAGUUUGUUGCCAAUGGACCUCCAGCAGACUUUGUACCAACUCUCCAAAUUGAAAGGAAAAUCAGCGAAUUGAUGCUUACACUCUAUGCACAACGUUUGGGAAUAAAUGUUCUUCAUGGAAAAGAAGUCAUCAUUGAGAAGAACGCCGGCAAAGACGAGGCUGAUGGAGUAUCCAUUCAAGUACGAGACUCUGAGACCAUGAGGGAGGAAUCGGUGGAGGCUAGACUUGUGAUUGAUGCCACUGGUCGUUUCCAUCGCUUUAUCUCGAAAGAGGCACGUAUAGAGCGUGUGGAGGGAUUCAACACAAAUGCGUAUUGGGCGUACUUCGAAUGUCCAGGCGAUGAGUCUGAGAUUCCUUUGAGACAUUAUGAGAGUGUCAAUACGAAUCAUAUAUGUCUUCCUGAAGGAUGGGCUUGGGUAAUUAGACUUCCUUCGUGGGAGGGUAGCUCUAUUCCUAACCUGACAGCCAUGAUCAACCACUUGCUAGACCUCAACGCUGCCAAAGCACCAGCAGAUUCUUAUCCUUCGGUCCGUGAACUGGUUGAAAGGUUCCAAGUCAAGUUUCGGUGGGUUGUCAGCAUUGGUUUUGCUCUUCGCUCCGACGUUAUUUACCCCGAAAAUAUUUCUAGCUACGGAAGUAGUGAAGCCGAACAGAAAUUCAAUUGGAUCGUGUCCCGAUACCAGAAAGUAUCCGAACUGAUGGAAAAGCACAAGGUUAUUGAAAAUCUGUAUGGUCCAGGAACUACAUGGUUUGUCCGCAAGAACCUUGCCUUUCGAGCGCCGCGCGUCACCGGAAAGAAUUGGCUGGCUAUUGGUGACGCGACAGGUUUCACCAACCCGCUGUAUUCUCCAGGCAUCAAUGCAAGUAUGAGCACCAGUAUAUAUGCGGCCGAGAUGACGAAGAAGUAUCUUUCAACGAAGGAUCAAACUGCCAAGAAGAAUCUGUUCCAGAAAUAUGAAGAGUUUUGCAAAGAUCGCGUCCCAAAGAAUCAACGUAUGAACGUCUUCAAUUAUGUCUGCAUGCGUUCUCCCGAACUUGGACCACUUGGACCCAUCUGGCAGUACUUGUGCGGAACAGGAAACGAGAAAUUCCAGAAUGCAAAGAAGUUAAAUCUGGGAAAUGUACAUCAGCUCUUGACAACUUGGGACUGGGGUUCGAAUCAAGAGGAAUUUAUCACUUUCAGCAAACUAGUCAUCCUGAUACUUGACGGAUCACCGCAUGCUAAGCUGUCCCAGGAAACCAUCGAUGAAGUCAAGAAACUUUCGGCAGAGCAUUUGAAGUUGGCGAUGGCUUCUGGUAAGUACAAGGGAAGAUGGGCGGGAUUAUUGCGCUGGUAUGAUGAUGAUCUUAACUUUGUCGCGGACAAAGUAGAUCGAGAUGUGUUGGCUCGAAGGUGUUGGACAUGUGGAGAGUGGAAGAUGUUGAGACCUGAUUGCAGGAAGUGUGUAUACUGUGGCUGGGAGCAUACCAUCGAGGAGAGUACAAAAGUUUUGUAUUGA